AUGGAAAGGGAGGUACAGCAGAGGAAGAUUAUCGACGCCCUCUAUGACUCUUGGUCGAACGAUGAAGGACGGAGAAAAGAAUCUGAACAAAUUUUAAACGAAUAUGAAAAAGAGGAGUUUUUCAUUAUGUGCCUACUAGAUAUAUGUAUGUACAAAAGUGUACACUACAACAUUAGAAAAUUAUGUAUUAUUUAUUGUAAAAAUUUAGUUGUUCGAUAUUGGCAUUGUAGAGAUGAGUUACAAUAUAAUAAUGAUGUGAAAAAAGUAGUGAAGGGAAAAAUCAUUGAAAUAUUGAAUGAUGUAGACAAUUUGAUUAAUUAUUACAAAGAAUUUUGUAUUUUAUUAAAGAAAAUAGCUAGAUAUGAACUUGUUCAUAAUUUUCCAGAAUUAUUAGAAUGCUUUUUAUAUAAUAUAAAUAUACAGAAAAAUAAUCUAAACAAUUUAUUUAUAUAUUUGUAUUUACUCCAUAAAAUAUUAAGAGAGCAAUAUAAUAAAAAAUUACUAAAGGAUAAAAAAGAAACGUUUGAUAUAUCGGAAAAGUUUAUAUAUACACUUGGACCUUUUUGGAAUAACAGUUUUAAUAAAUACUUUCAAAAUAAUUUUGAAGGCCCUUGUAUUUGUAAUAAUGAGGAAAAAUGUAACAAGUGUUAUACUAUAUAUAAUUUAAUCAAAGAGUGUGAAAAGAAAUUGUCUUUUGGUGAGAUCAACCAAAGAGUAGACACUCAUGAGGUGGAUACAAUUCUAUCAGCCACUACUGUUAUUCGUAGUAGUAGUAGUAGUACUAGUAGUGUUAAAGCUCGUUAUGAUAAUUGUGAUAUAGGUACGGAUAGUAGCAGCCAGGAUCAUCGCUGCACUGAUACUACUGUUCAGGAUAACCAUGACCCUACAAGUGAUAAGAAGAUAAAAAUACUGAAGUUUUUAGACAGUAUUAUACUCAAUCUCAUCAUCAACAGAAAUGAUAUAAUGAAAGGGAUGAGCAGCGGGACGAUUACAGGUAGUGCAAAUCGAAGCGAAGGAAGCGGCAGUAUAAAUAACAUGGAUAGCGAGUGGAGGAAGAGUUUUUUCAACGCACUGAUCAACAAAACGAUAUACUUUCUCAAGUUCAUUAACAAGAACUCCGCUGUGUAUUAUUUGAAAUAUUUAAAAUUUUUGUUGAGCUCGUUUUUGUUGAUGAUAGAAUUUCAUAGCUCCUUUCAUGUAUACUUGAAGAGAGAAAUAACAGAAAAGUUUAUUUGUUUAUUUUUGAAAAAAAAUAUAAAUAUAGAAUUAAAUAAUUACAUGAACAAUUAUGAAAAUAAAUUUGUAGAAAUUGUAAACUUGUGUAUAUCUAUUUUGAAGUCUAUUUUUUAUCAUUUUUGUUUAAACCAAUAUAAUUUAAUUAAACAAAAAAAAGUAAGAGAAAAUUAUUUGAAUGUAAAAAAUAUGAUAUGUAACAGUCAGGAUGUGCACUUUGAUGGUUAUAAUGACAAUACAUUGGAAGCCAAAAUUAUGACUAAUUUUGUUAUGAAUGUAAAAAAUGUGGACUGUGAAAAUAAUAAAAAAAGUUCCUUGUUCAAUAAAAAUUUAUCAUUCAAGGAUAUAUUAACAUAUAUAAGAGAAGAAGUAAAACAAGCACUAACGAAUGAUGAUUUUAUUUUGAUGCAUAACCAAAAAGCCCUUGAAAUUUUCGAUUUUUUAAGAUUAUAUUGUAUUAAUAUAUCCUCUGAACAAAUUAUUGACGUUACGUUAAAUAUAAAAGAUGACUACGAAACAGAGGAAAAUGUUUUUUAUAAUAAUGCUAAGGAUUGCUUAGUACAAUUAUCAUCAGAGCCUUUUUUAUUCUCCAUCUUUAAUCAUUUUUUUGAGCCAUUAAUUAACUCAUUUCAUAAUUAUGCACAUUAUUUAAACAAUCUACCAACAAAUUUAAAAAGUAUACAAAUAUCAGACUUUUCUCAAGCAAUAAUAAAUCUAGAUGGGUACUUAAAUAUUUAUUAUAUAUUAUAUCCUUCUUUUCAUAAAAAAAUAAAAAUUGAACAUAUAUUAUGUAUGAUUCAGUUCUUUAUUGAUUACUUAUCUAUUGAAUACACACACCCCUUAAUUAGUUAUAGAAUAGCAUUAAUAAUAAAAAUUUGGUUAAAAAAUUACAAAGUAUCUUUUCCCUUUAUAGAUGAUAUCACUUUGCUAAUUUAUGAGAACAUUCGACUGUUAUACAUACAUUUACUACAUAAAAGUGUUAAGUCGUUAAUUGCUACUAGACCGGUUGACUCAGAUAAUUCCAACCUCCCACAUCACUAUGCUUUAAAAUCAGCCAACUUUAUGCCCCUCCUUUUUUUCAAAUUUAUUUGUUUAUUCAAGUACAUUUUCAAGUACGAAUAUGUGUACAGCAACUAUGACUACAUCAACGAGUUCUUGGUUGGAUCCCUCAUCACUAUACUCACCAAGAUAUCUUUCCCCAAAAACAUACAGAAAAUUUUGGAAAUCUUGAGUCACAUAGUUUUCAUUAGUAAUAAGGAAAAGGAUAUUACCAUUUUCAAAGACAAUUACAACUUUUUGUUGGAUUUGUACAUGAACAGUAACAUAUCCAUUAAGGAGUACCUUCUGAACAUACUAGUGCAAAUACUGAAUAAAAAUUUUGAAUGCGGCGAAAGCCUCUCCGAUUUUAUGAACAAGGAAAGGAUUAGCAGUUCUCAUCACAGUGGCAAUCAAACUAUUGACCAACAUGUCAGUAACACUAGUAACCAACGGAGCAAUCAAACCAAUGAUCAACGGGAUAACCACACCAAUGAUCAACGAGCUAACCAAAGUAAUAGCCCAUCUAGGAAGGAGAAAACAUGCGACGAUGUGAUUUUAUUUUACUUCAGUUUGGAUAUAAUAUUUUAUACACUGAAGGCAAGAGAGCAAAGUUUUGUGUAUGAGGAAAACAAAGGGAAAGGUAUUGCCUUGAUGAAUUGCAGUAGUGGAAAGAGUAGUAUAUACCCCUUCACAUGGGAAUAUUCUUCAUACGUUAAGGAAGUGAAUUUAGACAUUGACAAAACAAUAAAUGAUAACUUUUACUCUUUGUGGUUAUGUAUUUUAAAGUUGCUCUCAAAAAUGAUUAGUCCAAAAAAUGAAGAAAUAAUUAAGAAGAUGUGCUCAUUGUACAUAAGUACAACAAAAUUUUUAUGUGCAUAUUUUAAAAAAUUAGAAGAAGGAUUAGUACCAUUUGAAAUAAGUAAUUCCUGUUUUGAUGUAAUUAUGGAAUACUUUUGUUUAUUUAUUAUACACGAAAGGCAUAAUUAUUAUUUAACAUUCGAGUCUGUUUCCACUAAAAUUUUGACAAACGAUAUUUUGAAAAAUAAUAUGUUAUCUAUUGUGUAUAACAGUUUUGUGCUAAAUGAUGAAGGGAAAAUGGAAAAAUGCAUUUACAUUUUACACCUUUGUUUGAGUAUAUAUAAAAAUGAUAUAAAAAAGGAAAUGCCUUCUCUUUUUAGUUAUAUAGCCAAUUUUAUAGUAAUAUUUUUAAUAAAAGUGCUAUUAAAAUAUUUUAGUAAAUAUUUUAAUUUUUAUAAAUAUAUUAAGAAUAUUCGUCAACAUGGAAACCAAAACAAUAGCAAUAGUAGUACUAACGUGUGUAAUAGUGAAGAAGACAAUUAUGAUAACACGGGUAUAUCUUUAUUUUUAUCAAGUGAAAAUUUAACGCGAGAUGAAAAAAAUAAAAUGACUGGAAGUAUUUAUUAUACUAGCUCAAGUACUAAUAAAUAUAAUAAAAAUGAAGAAAUAAAUAUCAAAAUUGCAAAUUAUAAUAAAAGUCAUAUUAAAUAUAUAUAUGAUAAUAUAAUAAAUUAUAAACAUGAUGAAAAUUUUGUAUCGGAUUUUUUUAAUUUCCAAAAUGAUAUAAAGCGAUUGUUAAAUAUUACUUAUUUAAAUAAUUAUGACAUUACAGUAACUUUUAAGAAUUAUAAUUUUUAUACUGUAAAUGAAGAUAAUUAUACAUAUGUAAAUAAACAUAGUGUAUAUACUUUAAUAUCUAUUAUGUCAUUAUAUGAAGCAAAUUUUUUAAAUUUUGUUUUAAUAUCUUUUCUUUCGUACUUUAAAAUUAGCAUUUCUCUAUUUAUAUACUCUCUUUUUUACCAAUCUCAGUAUAUUCAUAAUAAAAAUAUACUAAUCAGUUUGCUAAUUUUUAUUUAUACCUUAACCCAAAAUUAUAUGUUUACCGACUUUGCUUCUUCUAUCUUUGUUCAUACAAAUUUUCAGAACAUAGCAUGUAGCAAAUCUUUUGAAAAUUUUAUAUUUGAUAAGAAUAAAACAACACAUUUAUUUAUUUGCGAUAAAGAUGAGCAUAUUUUGUUAGUAAUAGAAUUACUCAAAUUAAUUAACAAUAUAUUAAACACAAAUAAAGAUAUAUAUAUUGAGAAAAAAAAUAUUCUUCACCUAAGCACAGUAACAUCCAGUUUAAGCGGACAUAAAAUUUUUCAUUCCUAUAAUUACAAUUUAAUUCUGAGCAAGAUUUUGAAGUACGACGAGUUUUCAAACAUAUGCAAUAAAGCUUUGGAAAACGUGUUAACCCACUUACUGGAUGUGAGUGAUGUGGAGGAAAAGAAUAGAAAAAAAAUAGUCGUUAACUAUUUAAAAGAAAACAUUGAUAACAUGAACAUUGCCUUAAUCGAUAUGUAUAAGAAAUAUGUGAGUUCUUUAUAA